UUGACUUUGGGAUACUCGUGUUUGGCUAGCGGCAGUAGAGUUCACGAUGUUGCGGUUGUUCUUUCUUCCUCUAAAGGCGGUGCUCAAGAGUUCAGGAAUCCGUCUCCUGGCUACGAGGGGGGCUCCCCGGUGUGGUUCCCAUAAUGGGCAAAAGCUCCCUCUCUUGCAAAGGCAGUACAGUACUGCCUCUGAAGUAGCUUUACAGUCUGGAAGGAGGUCAGUGUCUAUCCCCACGAAGGCUACCGAGCGGAUUAUGGGCCGUUGGCUCUUGGUCUGCAGUGGAACAGUAGCAGGAGCAGUUAUUCUUGGUGGAGUGACUAGAUUGACAGAGUCUGGACUUUCCAUGGUAGAUUGGCACUUGAUAAAGGAGAUGAAACCACCUACAAGUCAAGAAGAAUGGGAAGCAGAAUUCCAAAAAUACCAGCAGUUUCCAGAAUUUAAAAUCUUGAACCAUGAUAUGACCUUGGCAGAGUUCAAAUUUAUCUGGUACAUGGAAUACUCACAUCGAAUGUGGGGACGGAUUGUGGGCCUGGCAUACAUCCUUCCUGCUGCCUACUUUUGGAGAAGGGGCUGGCUUACUUCUGGCAUGAAAGGUCGUGUUCUUGCUCUCUGUGGCUUAGUCUGUUUCCAAGGACUGCUGGGAUGGUAUAUGGUGAAGAGUGGAUUAGAAGAAAAGCCAGAUUCUCAUGACAUCCCUCGGGUGAGCCAGUACCGCCUGGCUGCUCACCUGGGCUCUGCCCUUGUCCUCUAUUGUGCCAGCUUGUGGACUGCACUCUCCCUGUUGCUUCCUCGAGACAAGUUGCCGGAAACCCGUCAGCUCCUACAGCUGAGGCGAUUUGCUCAUGGGACAGCAGGCCUGGUUUUCCUUACAGCUCUUUCAGGGGCUUUUGUGGCAGGCUUGGAUGCUGGACUUGUAUACAAUUCCUUCCCCAAGAUGGGAGAGCGAUGGAUCCCAGAGGACCUCUUUACCUUCUCUCCAGUCCUUAAGAAUGUCUUUGAAAAUCCAACCAUGGUGCAGUUUGAUCACCGAAUCCUGGGAAUCACUACAGUCACAGCCAUUACUGGGCUUUACUUCCUCUCUCGGAGAAUCCCCCUUCCUCGAAGGGCCAAAAUGGCAGUGGCAACAUUGUUGACUGUGGCCUACACACAGGUGGGCUUGGGCAUUAGUACUCUGCUAAUGUAUGUUCCAACUCCUUUGGCUGCAGUUCACCAAUCAGGUUCCCUGGCUUUGCUCAGCGUUGCCCUUUGGCUUAUGAAUGAACUUCGACGAAUCCCAAAGUAAUCCUCAGGGCAGCCACUUUCUGUGGCCAUGCCUGGGCUUUUGAGAACUCCCUGGGAGCAUAGAGACUUGGACUUUCCCUCCCACUGGAUUCAGAAAAUGGUGUGGUAGGACAAAUGAUCAAGAAUGAAGAAGGGACAGAGGCAGCUGGGUGGCUCAGUGGAUUGAGAGCCAGGCCUAAAGACAGGAGGUCCUGGGUCCAAAUCUG